GGAAAGGCUAAGGCAGCCUCCUCUUCGAGCGCGCGACAACUACUCAAGUGGGCACACGCACUCGAUCACAUCUCGACGGCCACUUGCCAAACGCUAGCUCUCUAACGGAACAAGGCAAAGGCGCGGCCGACCAGCACCCAGUCAAGGCCCCUACCUUACCUUACCUCGAUAGGUGAGGAGUAUCCCGACCGGACUCAAGUCGAGGCACGCGGUUGACAAGCUAUCCAUCCAGCUACAGUCCUCUACAAGCACGAGAAGCACUCGUCCGAUCCAUUGGCACUUUUCGGCGCCUCGACAUCAAUCACACAACCUCUAGACAGGCAUGGCGGGCUGGAUUCGGUGCUCCGGAGUGAUGGCGCUGCUGGUGACGCUGGCCAUCGUGGCCGCGGAGCAGGAGACGUCCGUGCACAUCAAGGUGUUCAAGAGCUCGGCCCAAGCCAAUGAGGCCAGCAGCUCCGCUACGACCAGCAGCAAGGACUGCGAGGUGAACGGCGUGACGCUGCGCCACCGCAGCAUGAAGUACUACGGCGAGGACUCGUACGUGGCCUGCUCGAACGGCCAGGCCGGGUGCUACCUCAUCGAGCGCGUGCACGACAAGGCCACGCAGGUGGCGUGUCCGAAGGACAACUUCCAGCAGCGGAUCGACGAGGAGACCGCGUACCGUGAGCACGAGGAGAAGAACAAGCAGCAGGUCGCCAGCGGCCAGGACGAGGAGGAUGGCCGCCGCCGUCUCUCGCUGGUGGUGGUGUCCACGCAGCGCAUCUGGGACGACGGCGUCGUAUGCUACCAGCUCAACGAGGACUACCCGUUUAACUCGACUCAGAAGGAGUACAUCUACGAGGCCAUGGGCAAGUACGAGGAGAGCACGAACGUGCGAUUCGUGACCACGGCCACGUGCGAGAAGGAGAGCUUGUCGUACUGCGACUCGUGCGCCAACUGGGUGGACUUCAAGCACCCGUCCAGCGGCCGCGACUGCAACUCCAGCAUCGGCAUCACGGACGAGGGCGCACAGACCAUGAACCUGGCCGACCGCUGCUUCGAGGUGGACGACGACCUCAAGACCGUCUACGGGUCGGCCAUGCACGAGAUCGGCCACUCGCUCGGAAUGUACCACGAGCACCAGCACCCGAAGCGCACCAUCGGCGUCUUCUGGGACGACAUCGACCAAAGCAUCUGGUCCGAGAUGACCAUCCGCGACCUGAGUGUCGGCGGCCCGUACGACCUGGACAGCGUCAUGCACUACCCCAUGACGUACGGCUUCUGCCAGCCCAACUACUGCAGCGACUCGGUCACCGAGGACUGUGUGAAGGAGGGCACGACAUUCUGCAACCUGAACGACGAUGACAACUGCACGGACAUUACCAAGGCGGUGUGCAACACGACGGCGACCGAAGCCAUCGGCCAGCGGAAAUACCUGAGUUCCGGAGACCUGGGCGCCAUCAACGAACUGUACCAGUUGGCGGCCUGGACGGUGAAAGAGUCCAAGAUUGGCAAGUGA